AAAAAUAAAGUAUAAAGUGAUUUCUAUCGUCGCGUGUCACGCGUCAUAUGCAUCGGUUUCAUUUUCAAACCACCUUUUAUCGAAUAUAAAUUUUCAACGAUUCGCGAGUGAUUUCGAGUCGUAUUUACACCUCGAUUUGUACCUCGAUAAAAGAGUGAAAUAAUUACAGAGUGAAGAAAAUACAUAUAUAUAUAUAAUAUGAAUCGUGGAAACGUACAAUUUUUACUUUUACGCGUGUCGAUCGUUAUCGCGUUGUCCGUUUACGUUAACGGAUCGAAAAUGAAAGUACGGCCAUCGUUAAUGGUGGGCGAAGAUGAAAGUAAACUGGACAAUUUCUUGUACGUCGUUAACAACACGAGAGAUCAACCGUGCAUUUUGGCAAACGUGUCAAUUAAUUUCGCGAUACCGUACGAGAAGGAGAAUAAAACUUUCAAUGUUCCAAACGAUGCUGCGGUACAAGGCCAUUGUUCACCCGUAGCGUCUGAAAUGGCAUUGAGUUGGAAAGAAGGAAAAACUGAUAAAAAUAACACGAUUAAAUUUACGUUCGUCAAUGAUCACACCAAUUUCACGGUUUUUUCAAUCGAGCUUAACGUUUACAAGGACAAGGAAAAAUUUCCGAAUGACGGGGAUAAAUGGUUCGUAGCAAGAUCAGAUUUGGACCUUCAUCUGUUCCCCGCAUUCUUGGAGAACGGAAUUCACAAGUGUGAAAAAAAGGAAGUGAAGUUGAACGGCACCGAAUUAAUCCUGGCCAACGUUUCUUUGAUCGCGUUCAAUAACAAAAAUGAUAUUUCCUCGCGUAAAGAAGUGACGAAAUGCGUGGAUCCCGAAAAAGACGGGAUCAAUAGCAAAACUUUCCCUUACAUUGCCAAAUGGAAGAAUAACACGAUUUGUGGAUUGUUAAGAGCCUCGUUUACCGUGCAGAUGUCGUAUACGUUAACGGAUUCGAAGACGAAAGGUAAAAAUAUAACGGUUCCAACCACGGCUAAUGCCGUAGAAUCUUGCACAACUGACACGUUCGAAAUAGAGAUAGUUUGGGGCGAGGAGCAGCACAAAAAUUCAAUUUUACUUCAUUUCUCCAAAAUGGGGAAAAAUUUGCUUCGCUACGUAAUAAUUAACGUUUUUAUGGACAAAGAAAAUUUUCCGGAUGCCAUAAACGCAGGUAAAAAUGCAUUAGCUACAAAAUCUACCAAUUUGUUCCCCACACCCGUAAAUGGAAUUUACAGUUGCACGGAAGAAAUCGAAAUAACGACGGGAUACGACAUUAACGUUACGAUAAGCGAUAUUCUGUUGAUCCCGUUCGAUCCCGUGGAGAAUAAUUUGGCAACGAAAAAGGUGGCCGAUUGUAAAAGCAAUAUUUCCGAGUAUGACUUUCAUUACAUCGUGCGAAACGAUAAAAAAAUACCUUGCAUUCUGGCGAACAUGAACAUAUCAAUCGAUACGAAUAAUUCGCAAAAUAAAGAUGUGAUAAUUGUUCCAUCCGAGGCUAACGCAACCGGCAUUUGCGACACUAAGAGGUCUGAAAUGAAACUGGCUUGGACAAAAUCUGGGGAAAAGGAAGAGAAUAAUAUUAUAUUUUAUAUAACUCGCAAUAAAACUGAUAUCUUUAUUUAUCAAAUAGAGGUCACUAUUUCCGCGGACAAGAUACACAAAAUGUCAGAUUUUGGUCUCGCUCUGUUUUCAACGCCCGGAAUUUACAAUUGCACUGAUCAGAAUUGGCAGAUAAAGCUGGACGAUGUAACGAUUAACAUAAACAACGUGCUGUUCACCGCGUUCAAUACAGAUGAAAAUCUUGAUUCGAAAACAGUGACGGACUGUUCGAGAAAUCAAGAUUCCACCACAUCGUCGAGCGCAACAACCGAAACAAAAUCGACGACGACCGACCAAUCAUCGACCACGCCCGUACCUGAUCCUUACGCGAACGAGUAUAAUUACGUGGUGAUAAACGAGAAAACGCACGUGGCUUGUAUCGCGGCGAACAUGACAAUUUCUAUGAAAGUACCUUACGUGACGAAAGAGUCUAAAACGAGCGAAGCGAUUUUAACGAUACCCGCGGAUAGCGCGGUGAACGGGAAUUGUGGGGCCAAAAAUUCGAUGAUGGAGUUGACUUGGCUGGAAAAGUCGAAGGGAUCGAAUUCGUACAAGGACGAGAAAAAUAACUCGUUUAAGAUUAAUUUUCAGAAAGGCGAGUCGAAUUAUUUACUCCAUUCCAUCGAGUUGAACAUUUACAUGGAUGAAACGAAUUUUCCCAAUUCUAAUGACGAAAGAUACACAGCUGUGGAAAAUAUCGAUAUAAUUUCCACACCUUUGAACAAUCUCUACAAAUGCGGUGACAAUACAUCUGUAAAAGUCAAAGACGUGGACGUGACCAUCGCCAACGUUACUUUGAUCGCGUUCAACACCGAGAAGAAGAUCGCUACGAAGUCGGUAAUGUGCAUUCAGGACACGAGUUCUAACGUUGGAUUGAUAAUAGGAUGUAUCAUCGGAGGUAUUAUGAUCCUCGGUAUAUCUGCGCUGUUGAUGUAUCUAUAUUUCAGCGAAUGUUUUUCAUGUUCUAUUUUUUCCAAUUCACGAUAAUAUAGGAUAAUAUAAUUUUUUUCCUUUUUUAUUAUUUUUUAUUAUUUUUUUGAAAGUGACACGAGUCCAUUUUUGGAAAAAACGUUGAGUUGAUUGGUUUACUUGUUUCAACGAGGUACAGAUAUCCUCUUGUUGCAUUUAUAAUCGUACAAUUGAUAAAAAAAAAAAUGUUAUCGCAGUAAGUAUUUUUGUUAAAAGUGGAAUAAGUCCAGUUCGUAAUAUAACGAUGAGAUUGAGAAAUAAGAUUGAAAUAAGUUUAAACAAAUUCAUUAUAACUAUAUAUAAAUGAAAUUAUUUUUUAAUAAACUUGAUCAGUCGA